AUGCAACCAUCUCCAUCAUACAGAACAGACAAGGGUUCUCAUUGGGGUGCACCGUGGAAAGUAACAUAUUUGGAGACAAGCAUUCCAAAACUGGCUCCUAGCAAGAUUUUGGACCCUCCUACGAUACUGGCCUCUAAUGAGAAUGUAGUAUGGAUUCAUCGUCCUCCGUCUUUGUUGAAAUGCAAUCUGGCUUCCUCAUGGUUGGAGAAUGCGGUCUUGAGUGGAGCUGCUUGGUUUGUGAGGGAUGAGAAUGGUAGGGUGGUGAUGCUUAGUCGUCGUGCUUUCCCCUGUUUAGCCUCUGCCUUAGAUGCUGAGCUUAAUGCUCUUCUCUGGUCUGUGGAGUCUCUCGCAAGUCAUCAUCUGGAUAAUGUAAUCUUUGAGUCCUCGUCUUUGGACCUUCGUCGAGCUUUGUUGCAACCACACCGCUUCCCCCAGCAUCAGGCUCUAAUAUCAUUAAUUCUCCAGCGUCUGAAUGGUUUCCAGGCUUGGAGUGCUGAUUUCGUUAAGACUUUGCGAAACCUGCCAGUGCUCUCGAUUGCUACUAGUGUAACUUCGGACAAUAGGCAUCAAUCGUAUGUGGCUUCUGUUGGGCCUUUGUGGUUGCAUAAUCUGUUGCAGAAGGAAGCUUUUACCAAGUCUAUGGGAUUUUACUCCUCUGCUCCUGUCGCUGUGAGAGCUGUUUCUUGA